GCGUGCUGGUGUGUCAUCGCGGUGCAGAGAGGCAGCGGUGCGCGGUAAGUAAUGUUGACGCUUGGUGUCAGAAAGGCUGUAGAGAGGAUGAAGGCGGAAUCUGACUCCCUCUGACCGUGGCAUCCUACAUUCAUUCACUACAGUCUGCCCACUGUUAACAUGGUAGAGCAAUGGACCGCAGUGCCCACUUCUAAUAUGGCGGCGCUGAACCGGGCUAGAUCAUUGACCGUUAUGUUCUUAAUUGUCAGCAGUUGUGUGAUCAGCUGCACUAGUGGCACAGAUGCACCAGAGGAAACUGUCAUUAUUGGCCUCAGACUAGAGGACACAGACGAGGUGUCUUUCAUGGACGGAGGUUAUUUGCGUGUCAGCGAGCGAUCUCGUGUCAGGUUGAGAGUCUAUGGGCAGAACAUUAAUAACGAGACGUGGUCCAAACUCGCCUUUACGGAACACGAGCGCUCGAGUGACCGCAGCAGCGCACCUGCGGAGAGCCAGAGCCCCGGAGACGCACCUGCCCUUCACCCCUGUGGCAUCCGAUCGUCCGAUAUCAUCAUUCUUCCCAACGUAGAGGUAAACAGAAAGACAUCUGGGGUUAUUGAAAUAGAAGUGAAACCUCUUCGAAAAACAGAGAAGAGUAAAGCCUAUUACCUUUGCAUCACGACCGCUGCGCCGUCGGCCUCACCAGGCGCGCAGGACGCGUGGUCCGAGAGCACCUGGGUUUAUCAUGACGGUUAUGACACCAAAGUGCUCGUGGUGGAGGAGAAAAAGUUCCUGUUGCCUUUCUGGCUGCAGGUGAUUUUUAUUGCCAUGCUGUUGUGCUUGUCUGGCAUGUUCAGCGGGCUCAAUCUGGGACUGAUGGCGCUUGAUCCCAUGGAGCUCCGGAUAGUCCAAAACUGUGGAACCGAGAAAGAGAAAAACUACGCAAAGAAGAUCGAACCAGUCCGAAGCCAAGGAAACUACCUUCUUUGCUCUUUACUCUUAGGAAAUGUUCUGGUCAAUACCACCUUGACUAUUCUGCUUGACGACAUUGCAGGAUCAGGGUUGAUAGCUGUAGUGGUGUCCACUAUUGGGAUUGUGAUCUUUGGAGAAAUUGUGCCACAAGCCAUCUGCUCCAGGCAUGGCCUGGCUGUUGGUGCCAACACAAUAUUCCUCACGAAAUUUUUCAUGAUCCUCACUUUCCCCGCAUCUUUUCCCGUAAGUAAACUUCUGGACCAUGUUCUGGGACAGGAGAUAGGCACUGUAUACAACAGGGAGAAGCUGCUGGAGAUGCUCAGAGUGACAGAUCCAUAUAAUGAUUUGGUGAAAGAGGAGUUGAACAUCAUCCAAGGUGCUCUGGAGCUCAGGACUAAAACCGUGGAGGAUGUCAUGACUCCUCUGCGAGACUGCUUUAUGAUUGCCGGUGAUGCCAUCCUGGACUUCAACACCAUGUCUGAGAUCAUGGAGAGUGGCUACACGCGCAUACCGGUGUACGAGGGUGAGAGGUGUCAUAUUGUGGACCUGCUGUUUGUGAAGGACUUGGCCUUUGUGGAUCCAGAUGACUGCACUCCACUGAAAACCAUCACGAAGUUCUACAGCCACCCUCUGCAUUUUGUCUUCAAUGAUACAAAGCUGGAUGCGAUGCUCGAGGAGUUUAAAAAAGGUAAAUCCCAUUUGGCCAUUGUCCAGAGAGUAAAUAACGAAGGGGAGGGAGACCCGUUUUAUGAAGUUCAGGGCAUCGUCACGCUAGAAGACGUCAUUGAGGAAAUCAUCAAAUCUGAGAUUUUAGAUGAGACUGACUUGUACACUGACAAUAAGACAAAAAAGAGGAUUGUUCACAGGGAGAGGAAACAGGACUUCUCAGCUUUCAAACCCACAGAUAAUGAGUUGGGGGUGAAAAUAUCACCGCAGCUUCUGCUGGCCACACUGCGUUUCCUGGCAACAGAGGUGGAGUCCUUCAGUUCAGCUCAAAUGUCAGAGAAAAUCCUUCUGCGUUUGCUCAAACAUCCUAACGUCAUCCAGGAGCUCAAGUAUGAUGAUAAGAACAAGAAGAUGUCAGAGCACUACCUCUUUCAUCGCAACAAGCCUGUGGACUACUUCAUCCUCAUCUUGCAGGGAAAGGUGGAAGUAGAGGCUGGAAAAGAGGGAAUGAAGUUUGAAGCUGGUGCCUUCUCCUAUUAUGGAGUACUGGCCCUAACCUCAUCACCAGUUCCCCUCUCCUUGUCUCGAACCUUCGUUGUGAGCAGGGCAGAAUCACUGGCAGGAUCUCCAGAAAAUAAGUCACCUCCACGACCAUUCGGUCUCAACCACUCCGACUCCCUGAACAGGACUGACCGGAUGGAGGCGGUCACCCCCACACUGGGCAGCAGCAACAACCAGCUCAACUCCUUCUUGCAGGUCUAUGUGCCAGACUACUCCGUGAAAGCAGCCUCUGAUUUGCUUUACAUCAAGGUGACCCGCCAGCAAUAUCAGAAUGCCCUGAUGGCGUCCCUUAUGGACAAAACGCCUCAGUCCACAGACAGUGAGUUCACCAAGAUUGAGUUGACCUUCACUGAACAUCAAGAUGGACUGUUGGAUGAGUCAGCCUCUCUUUUGAUCCAACAGCAGAGCUCCACCAAUGCACACAAAACCAACCACACUGCUCACAACGACGGGGCUAUUUAACUAACCUCAGCAGAGAGAGGGAUGACAAAAAGAGGGAGAAAAUGUCUGAGAGCGUGUGCACUGCUCUAUUAGCCUCUCCCUUUCCAUGUAGUGAGCAAAGGCCUUCAUGUACACUGGGCAGCUUCACUUUUGAGUCCUCUCAUCGUGGUCCAUUUAAAGGGGAUUGGAACAUACGCAUAGACUGUUAAAGUGAAGGACUGCAUAUCCCACAAUGCAUGCAUGCACUAAUGACCUUAACACCUUUUGUAGGCAGCGGUUCGGUCAGGGACCACCGAUGUCAUUUUGCUCACUCAUCUACUGACCGAAGACAUCACUCGAGAUGGAGACAGCUACAGCACACUUGAAAUACACACUUGGUCUCACACACUUUCACUUGGAGGUGUCCAUUCGAAGAGAGACUAAUUACAGCUACAAAGGAGCAAGAAUUCAGUCACGAAAACCACCUCUGGGACUCUUGAAGAGGUGAGGAGCCACACCUCGCCAGACAACAGAAGGACAAAGAUGUAAUGGUGCCUUUAGACAAUACUGAGUUACUCUUUGCUUUGUCAACAAAGCAGAUAUAGAGACCCCUGAGGGCCCAGACGACACAGAGCUCUCCCAAAUCUUCCGUGCUGGACUCAGGAAGCUCAAGCAAAUGAUAGGAGAUAUCUGCGACCAGGAAAUUUCCAACACCAGUAAACACUCACAACAUGUUCCGUACAGAUAUAUAACACCAAGCCCAAUACACCUUUUCAAGGAUAGUCAGAGCCAGAGCUUAAGAAUACUUCUCAGCCUAUUAGAAGGCCAGGACUGAGAGGCCUCAUGACCAAAGACAUUUGACAAGGACAACAAGUAACAGGAAUCACAUUGUGGUUCACUGUGGAUGUAAUGAUAUCUAAGGUCUUACAAAUUUGGUCAACUCACAGCAACCCUAAACACGACGUGCAUAAGCAGGCAAAACAGUGUUUGUCUGGAAUGUGCCAAAUAAUAAAGGUUUUGACAACAAUUUCUGCAAUUUCCAUGUUAAGAGUUUGUGUCUCAAACAUGAGCAGAUAUGCUAUGUACAGUGUUUGCAGUACAAAGAAAUCAAAUGUGUUUACAUAUGAGGGCAUUUUUCAUCUAUAUAUAAAGAGAGAUCUUUUUUUUUUUUUAUCCUGAUUGUGCUGAGGUACAGUGCCACCUAUUUUAAGGUGAAUAGAGUAUAAAUGUCUAACGACUGUUUCCAUUUUUAUGUAUGUCGGACCACUCUUUAUUAACAAGAUGUUUUGAUUUUCAAUGGUUUAGCUGUAAUCACAUAACUUUUAAAUGUUUUUUAAAGUCACACCUGCAUUUAGAACCUCAAAGAAACUUCUUAAGGACAAGCUUUCUGAAGGCUCAGUAACUUAAAACUCAUCAUCUUCAAACUCCAUAACCUCAAGAUUUUGAUUGCUCUUUUAUCUUAUCUUUCUUUAUAGGAAAAAAGCUAUCCAUGUAGGACUCAAUGUCAUGGGAUUUUAAAAGAGGUACUUGUUUCGAUUUGUCAGUAAAAAAAAAAAAAAGAUGAAAAUAAUUCACCAUUAAUGUAUUUAUUUUGGUUUUAGCAUGGCAAGAUCACAUUUAUUCUCUUGAUACAAAAGGGGAAAGACUCUCUGGCUGAUGUUUUGUCUACCGUAUAUGUUUGGGUUCAUGACUCAUUCACGUCUCAAGUGUUUAUGUAGCAACCUCUCAGUGCAAUAGUGCAACAGCUAUGCAGGGACAAUCAUGACCAUAAAUAAUGUGCUCACAGGUAGGACAUGCAGGAAGAAAAAUCAGAAAAUAAACUAGCAGAAUUUAAUAAAAGAGGCUUAGAUGUGAUGUAGAUUAGAUUAAAGGCAUAGUUCACCUGAAAAUCUCUCAACACUCAUGUUGUUAAAACCCAUAUGUCUUUCUUUGUUCCAUGGACCACUAAAGGAAAUGUAAGGGAAAAUUCCACAGAAGAAAAAGUCAUACAAGUUUGGAAUAACAUGGGGGUGAGUAAAUGACGGAACUUUCAUUUUUGGGUGAAGUAUCCUCAUAACAUCAUAGCAGAAAUGUUUAGUGAAGAAGCUUGAGAUGUUGAAAGUGAAAUAUAUAUUGUGGAGUCUUUGUCAUUCUGUGGACAAAUGAAGGCUUCUGUCAACAUUCCUAUUCUUAUAUUCUUACAUCAUGUGUUUUCAACUGCUUAUUCCAUUAUUUUUCACACUGUGGUAAAGACAACACCCUUCAGUUAAAGCAUUUGGUGAUGUCCUAAACAUUGGACAGUGUUUUUUGGUCAGAUUACCUGUUUAAGAAAAGAGGAAAUGUCGAAAAAAAAAUGUGGUGCUCUAACAUGCGGUUUGAGUCUAUCACACUGCUGUUUUUUUUUUUUGUUUUUUUAUCUUGAAUGUGUAUAGAGAUACUGUACAGUCAUAAAUCAGAGUUCUAUUGUAUGCUUACAUUCUAUAAACCACACAAUACUAUAUCAGAUUUAAAUAUAUAUAAUAUGCAGAUGGAAAUUGCUAUAAUAAAACUAUGUUUGACAACUUUAUGGCUGCCUGUAUUUUUGAUUAUUUGAUUUGAAUUUUUAAUGAUUCUGAACACUUUGUGGGCUAGUGGAUGACAUUGUUUUAACAAUGGCCAAUACAGAUGACGAUAUCAAAAAGGCACGGUGGCUAUCAAUUGAAACUUAAAUAUAAUGGAAUUAAAAUGUACACAAAAUAACUAAAAGUAUAUUAAAAAAAAAAAAAAAUUAAAAUGCUUAAUCCACUGACAAAUAUUUCCGUACAAUUUGGAACUGACAAAAGGGGAGAUUAACACUUCUGUUAAUCUACAAAGCAGGCAGAGUUAUCAGCUAAUACAAACAAUUAAAAAAUUGUAGAUAUUGGCCUAACCAAAUGACACUUCUUUAUGCGAUGGCUUUUAAAAGGUGUUAUUGAAUGACCACCAGGGGGUGCUGCAGAACAGAGGGACUGCCCUUUUACUUUUAUUUGACCUCACUAAAUACGAAAUCAUGCCACACCAUUGAAAAAAAAAAAAAAAACAAAACUGUGUAACAUGGAAAAUCUGAAAAUGAAAAAAUAUGAAUAAAAGAAAAUAACACCCAUUUCAUAAGAAAGCAUUCAAAUUUAUUUCUACAUUAAAACUACAGUAAGAUUGAGUCCUCACAUUCUCUGAGAUCACAGUUCUCUUUACAGUAAAGCACAACAUAAACCCUAAACACACACACACACACACACA